CAUGUAACUGACCUUCCAUAUCCAUUCUUCCUUUAGAACAUCAUUCCUGCCAAAAAAAAAGCACGCGUGGUGUUGCCCACGGGAAACUAGUAGCCAGAUCGAGUCAUUUCUAGAAUGGUGGUUGGAAAUUCUCUGUAUCUUUCUCCUCCUCUUCCUCUUCUAAGCUGAUCCAACUCAUUCUUUUUGUUACAAUACAUGAGCAGAUCCGCUACGAAAAUGGCAUGCCGGGCAAUCGAGAGCUGGACCUUGUGCUCUCUGGUGGGGUCCUACGUCGAUCUUGCCCUCGCCUACCUCUUCCUCUGCGCCUCCACCCUCGCCUUCCUCGCCUCCAAGUUCUUGGCUGUGUUCGGGCUCGCGCUGCCCUGCUCCUGCAACGGCCUGUUCGGGCGACAGCCCCGCUGCCUUCAGGGCCUUCUCAUCGACUACCCUGCCAACAAGAUCGCGGCCAUCCACAUGUCCCUGCGCAGCCGAUUUCCCUUCGAUUGCCCCAGCAGAACCAGCGGCUGCCUUCGCUACGAUGUGAAGUUCAUGACUGAUGGCGGCGGCGGGCAGCGCCUUUCGGAGAUGGGCCGAGGGAAGGAGGAGUCGUGGGGCUCCACCUCUUAUGAUCCUCGCAGCUCCAAGGAUUUGAGCCUGGUGAGCCCUACGCCGGUGAGUGGACUGGAGUCGGUGGCCUCUCCGAGAAGAGCCUUCCUGGAUGUGAAGGGUAAAGGGGUUCUCCUCGGGAAGAGGCCACCGUCCGUCCUCCACCGGCGGCGCCGCCGGAGACCUCCUCUCAGUUGUCGAGGGAAGUCCCUGUCCGCUGCGUCCCCUUCUCCGCCUCUGCAAUUGGGUUGGCAACGGGAGGGCACUCUCUGCACGCCCUUCAGCAUCAACGGCCAAGGGCCGAUGUCUGAAGAAAACGGAGAUGGUCGUUACCUUUUUGAUGAAUGCCUUGGAUUGGUUGAAGGAGCUGCUUCUGCUAAUGAAUGUAAUUCUAUGGAGAAGGAUAUAUCAGCUAGUGCCAAAGACGUUGGUGGAUCCGAGGGAAAUGUCACUAGUGUUAUAAAAAAUUUGCAGCGGGCACUUAAAAAAGAGCAGUCUACUCAUGCGGUUCUCUCUCUUGAAUUGGAGAAAGAGAGGAAUGCUGCUGCUACGGCUGCUGAUGAAGCCAUGGCAAUGAUACUGCGUCUCCAGAAGGAGAAGGCAGAGAUUGAGAUGGAAGCUCGGCAGUACCGAAAUAUUGUUGAAGAGAAGUCUGCAUAUGAUGAAGAAGAGAUGUUGAUUCUAAAGGAGAUCAUUAUUAGGCGGGAGAGAGAGAAACAUGUCUUGGAGAAAGAAGUUAAAGCUUAUCGGCAAAUGAUGCUUGAUGGUGGCGAGCAGCAAUCUGACAGUGAUCUGCAUGAUAUGACACAGCUGAUGGGUCAGAGGUCUGGUUUUUCCUUUGAUCCAUUUGAUGAUCCUACAUCGUUGUUACAACAGAUCUAUGAAUCCAUUGAAAAGAAGGAAAAGGUGAACACGAUGUUCGAACAAGUAGGUGAUGAUGGGCCUUUAGUUGCAGAGAAACAAAGUUGCAGUACUGGUUUUGGCAGUGAAUCACUGUCACUGUCCUUGGAUGGAAAUGCUGGCUAUUCAAUUCAUGGGCAUGUUAAGAAGGAUGAUAGUAUCGAGAGGCAUCAGGAAGAAGUAUCAACCAUUGGAGGUGAAUGGAACAUUCAGUUUCAAGAGAAGGGCAUGGUCACAAUGCAAAACUUAUGUACGCUAAAUAGAUCCCAAGAAUGUGGGUCUCAUGAUGUUACCUCACAUUUGAUUGAUGAAGAUUGUGGAAGGGUCAGAGAAAUUGAGAUGAGACUUCCUUUGGAUAAAUUAUAUAGGGACAGUUGUCAAACAUCCGAUCAAAGAGAUGAUGGUUUAUCUCAGUUUGAGACUGAAGCAUGUACACAUGAUGUACAUGUCAUUGAUGACAAAAUUAAUUGGGAUGACAAGGGAAAUGAAAAGGAAAUGGACCUUUCUCGGACAGGACUUGUUUCGGGCACAUUUGGGGACAGUAUUAUGAAAAAUAAAUUAUAUGGAGAUAACUCUGUUUCCUGUACAACUAGUAAUUCAGUUACAAGGUGGACAAAUGGGGAACCAAACAUCCACAGAAGUUGCUCAGACAUGACAAAGGGCGGGCAAUUGAUGGAGAGUUCAUUUGACAAAGCUUCAUGUGUUGAUUUGAGGAGGCAUUCGGUGUCCGCAGUUGACUAUGAAAGGUAUAUACUAGAAAAUGAAGUUGAGCGAUUAAGGAAAAGACUAAAGAUCAUUCAACAAGGAAGAGAACAGAUGAGUUCUUCUGUAGAGCGCAAGGAGAAGGAAUCUGACCACUUGCUGCUCUUAGAGGAAAUAUCACAUCAACUUCAAGAGAUCACGCAAGUAACAAAACCUGAGAAAAAUGGUCGCCAGGCUUCUUUGCCACCUAUAUCAUCCAAGGUUAAUUUAAGAAAGAGGCGCUGUUGCUGUGUUUCUCGGGGACUGAAUGAUAGCACAUAAUUCAUGAAAAUUUAAAAAUCACAUGGUGGAUCAGAGCUGACACUUGAAUGGCUACAGCUUGGAAUAGGAUGAUUUUGUUUGCUUGAAGUUGUGGCGAUGCACUGUUUGAUUAGUCUUGUUAAUACUACAGAAUUUCUAAAAUAAUCUAACAAAAUGUGGGGCUUAACUGAGCUCAAUCAUUAUGUUCAGGAUCUACCUUGAAGAUGAUCAUGGGGGGUCAUAUAAACAGUCUGGUAGCCUUUUGGACAAACAUAUACUGCGGGACCUCACCUGUGAGCAAGACAUGAAUUAUCCCUUGGAAGUAUGUUCAUGGCUUUAAUUGAGGGAUUUGGCAUAGGCUUUCCAAUGGUGGUGCUUGUCUUGGGAUUUUCUGAUUUUGUACAGCUUUGCAUUGAGGUUUCAUAUAUACCAUUUGCGUUUGUAUAAGUGAAAAAGCUAGGAUUGAUGUCAGCUGUAUUGUUGUUGUUGCGUUUUUGUACCUCUGUGAACAGUAUUGGCUAUAAUUUGAUUAAUUAAGUCUAAUGAACAAAUUUUCUAUCAAGCAAAA